CUUAAUAUAAACGCAUCCUAAUUAUUAUUUUUUUAAUUUUAAUUAAUUAACCACAAUUAUAAAUAAUGGUGAAUAAUUACACACUUUUUUCUUAAAAUGUCACAAAGAUUGGAAAACAAGGCUAUUAAAUUUAUAAAAUAUGGAUAAUAUUUCUAGCUAUUCUUUGUGGUUAUACUUAAAUUAAUUUUUGCCAUCUAUUAUGGUGAAAUAUCAUAUUUUCAAUGACUUUGAAAAACUAAUUAUUUGUAUAAGGACGUGAAACCGGAAACAAUUUGUUCAUAGUUGAAUUCGUUGUAUACACUCAAGACUAGUUAAUAAAAAUCGUUAAAUAUUGAGUUCUAAAUAAAAUUAUGUUUCGUUACAGUCAUAUAUUGAUAUGUUGAUUGAAGUUUACAGUGUCAAAAAGACAUUUUAUUUUAUUUAUUAUACAAAUCGUCAAAUCUUGACCCGUUAUUUUUCAGGAAUAAUUUAAAUCUAUAAAUUCGCUCAUGAUGGGAUCAAGGAAUAUGCUCUCGGUUAAGAAAGUAAAACUCCACGGGAUGACUUCCACAAAGUGGACAACCAAAGAUAAAAUCACACAGUAUAAGGGACUCAUUAAUUUAUAUACCAGAGACAAGUCCAUUAUGGAAGCGGACGCUAUCGUCGAACAAAAAAAACAGUACAAAGAUUUAAAAAAACUGCAGAGGAAUGUGGAAAAACAUCGGAAGGAACUGGAUAACGCCAUCGGAGGUGACAAGCAGCAACUCAGGAACACCCUAAGAGAACACAAGGAGAUGCAAAUGGCUUAUGAGAAUCUACCAUCCAAAAAAGUUAUCGAAACAGUCAACCACUUAGCUUUCAACAAAAGAAAAGAGUACGACCGUUUGAACUACAGAAUGAAAUUGAGGUCGCAAAAAUACGUCGAACUUAAGAUGUACGCAUCAGUUCUUUCGGAUAAUUUGAACUACGACUUCGGCAAAUCGAAACUGUUGCCGGAAGAGAAACAAGCUCAAAUCAUAACCGGCAAAGUUCAAGAUGCGAUUUUAAAACGCGAGGCUGCAUUGGCUAUCCGGCAAACCUACACCCAAAUAAUUGACAUAAUGAAAAAAGACGCUUUGUAUUUUGAUGCCAUAUUGAAUACGAUCGAGCACGAUGGUCUUUUGCAAGGAAAGUGUAUGAUUAACGCCACCAAGUUGGGGCAAUUGGCCACGGAGUAUUUAGAUGACAGACGGCAAGAAUUUAUUAAAUUAGAGAAGCAAGUCAAGAAGGACAUGCAGAACAGGAAAAAGGAUCUGUCCAUUUACACUGAGGAAGAGAUGGAAUUCUCCAAUAAUAUCAAGUAUUUACUUAGGAGAGAUAGUGACAUUAAUGUCGGAAGAGUGGACGUGGAAGAUCCGCCAAAUUUUGACACACUCCAACAAGAUUAUGCGAACAUGGAAAAGCUACUGGAGUUUUUGAAACGAAGCGUACUCGCCCCAACAUUCGAUGACAUUUUUCCAUGUUUGCAAGAACAAGAAAGGCAAAGGCAAAGAUUGGAGGAAAUGACAAGACAGGCGGAAGAAAACAGAGAAACCCUACUGACAAAGUACAACCAUGGUCAAUUGAUGAAAAUCGAAAUGGAGAAUACGAUGAUAGAAACUACAUCUCAAUACAACGUGGACAAAGUGGAACUCCAACAACGUAUCGAAGAUUUGACUGAAGAAAAACGACAAAUAAGCUUGCUGACGGAUGCCAGAUAUCACUUGCUUGCCGAAAUCCUCAUAAGCCUUAAAGAACUGGUGUAUCUGGCCCGAUUGAUUAAUGUUGAAGAUAAAAGGAGUAGAGACGCCGAUGCUGUAUGGGACGAACGCGGACCUCCCGAACCGGAAGAAACUGACGGUGUCAAAAUAAUAGACACUUUGAUCAAGGCGUAUUCCAAACUGAUGAGCAACGUUAAAGGAAGACUGGUGGGACCACAAAUAGAGGAAGGAUUUACUAAAUAUGAAAAAUUGAUGAACGACGUCACAGCUACAAUCGACUUGUCGGAGGUUAUGAUAGAGGAGUCGUUGGUAGAGGAUAUGCACAUUGAUUUACAUGUAUUGAGCAGGGAUGAUAUUAAAAGGCAGAGCGCUGAAAUUGUAGCAAUGAAUCAAAAGCGAGACGAUAUGUAAUAUUUUUUUAAUAAGGAAGUGUGAGUUAAUGUAUUACGAGUUGUUACUGUGAGGACACAUCAAAUAUGAAAAUUCACUGUUUCCUUUUAUAUUUAAUUAUAACGUAACACCUCCCUUA